AUGGACGAAGAAUCUCAACUUUCCGUCAUGGAAAGAGGCAAUAUUUCCUUGACUAUCUCAACAAAUUAUAAAGUCCGUUUAGCUCAAAAGUUUUUAGCAGAACUCCUGGGCACAUAUUGUAUAAUCUUUGCAGGUUGUGGAUCGGUGGUUGUUAACAAGCUUUACGACGGCACUGUAACUUUUCCGGGAAUAUGUGUAACAUGGGGCUUAAUAGUUAUGACCAUGAUCUACACCCUCGGUCAUGUCUCCGGUGCACAUUUUAAUCCUGCUGUCACCAUUACUCUAUCUCUUCUGGGAGCCUGUCCAUUCAGUGAGGUGGGUCUUUAUAUAGUGUCACAAGUGUUGGGAUCGACCCUUGCUAGCGUAACGUUGACGUUGAUUAUGAACAUUACUUCGGAUGCUUUUUUUGGAACCACACCGGCUGGUUCAACCAUACAAUCAUUUGUUGUUGAGAUCAUCCUUACAUUUAUCCUAAUGUUUAUUAUCUCGGGUGCUUGCGGUGAUGAUCGAGCCGUAAAAAUGCAAGGGGGGAUUGUGGUUGGAAUGACGAUCAUAUUAAAUGUCUUCGUGGGAGGGCCCAUUUCUGGAGCAUCAAUGAAUCCGGCAAGAACCCUUGGACCGGCUAUUGUGUUGCGGAAGUUCACCGCAAUCUGGGUGUAUAUCUGUGGUCCGAUCAUCGGAGCAAUAACUGGAGCGUUUGUUUAUAAGUUGUUGACGCCGACAGAUAAAUCUUUUAGUGAUAUUGUGAAAGGACAGCAAGUUGUGGUGGUUGAAAGACGCGGUCCUGAUGCUACGAGGUUAUGUAACAUUGAUCAUGCUCAUAGGUAA